AUGGAUAUAUUUAGUGCUCUUUCCACGGGAGCCAAAUUUGAGCCCAAGAAACAUGGAACUGCCAUAAAGCGCUUCCGGCAGGCAAGUGGCAACAGGGAACAAACGGGGGCCCUGAAUCUUGUGAGCCUUUCUCGAGGUAGCGUAGAGCUCCCAACGCCCAGCCAUACCCUCGAAAUAUUUGGUGUGCCAAAGAGGAUGAGGUGCCAGGAAACUUCCGCCGAGGGGGACGAGGAGUCCAGAGGACGGUGUGACACAGAUACUUCCAGUGCUGCAACUGGUCACAAACCUCUUAAAAACAUGUCCGUGAAGAGGAGACGUAACAUUUGGAGAAAGAAUGAACUGGAUGUCACAGGUAUGGACGUACCGCAGCCUAUUGAACACUUCUCCCAACUCCUCAGGCCCCCACUUUCGCUUGAUGAGUGUCUCAUCUCCAAUCUCUUUGAGCGGAACCACCGUAUCCCGACUCCAAUACAGAUGCAGACUAUUCCUUGCUUGGUUCAGGGGAGGGAUGUGCUAGCGUGCGCCCCCACAGGGUCCGGCAAAACAGUUGCCUUUCUUAUCCCCAUGUUUGCUCGUUUGGGGAAGCCUGAUAGGGAUGCCGGGGUGCGUGCGUUGAUAAUUACCCCCACAAUGGAACUGGCAGAGCAAAUCGAGCGAGAGGCGUUUUUUCUCCUCAAAGGGAAAAGGUGGAAGUUGGUCCAACACGGGCAGACAACUCGAAACAAGGACAUAUUCAUUACCACGCCUGGACGGGUGUCGACGUUACUAGAGAGGAAGUUAGUUGAUCUUAGUAACAUUCAGUAUCUCGUUUUUGACGAAGGAGAUCGCCUGUGGGACUCUUCGACUGACAAUCUCAGGGUGAUGGAUAUUGUCCUUACGGCGUGCACUUAUAAGGAGAAGGUUGUUGCUUUGUUUACAGCCACAUUAAGUGAAAAAAUUGAAGCAGCUGCACGAUCUGUGAUGGGUCCCGAUCCUGUUCGGAUCAUCGUUUCUGGUCGUGCGAAGGCGAACAAGAAUGUGAAGCAGGAACUUGUGUUCUGUGGUAAUGAGCUUGGGAAGGUUGUGGCGAUACGUAACAUUGUGCGUGAGGGUGUGACACCACCUGUGCUUAUCUUCGUUCAGAGCAUCGAGCGAACAAAGGAGCUUCAUGAAGAGAUACAAUGCCAGGGGCUUCGUAUUGCCAUUAUGAAUGCGAAGAUGACACAUGAGGAACGAGACGAAACUAUGAUGAAUUUCCGGCUUGGAAAAAUAUGGGUACUCGUGACUACUGAGCUUCUUUCACGGGGCAUAGACUUCAAGAACGUUGGCACGGUUAUAAAUUUUGAUAUACCGACGACGGUGGAGUCCUACAUCCACCGCGUUGGGAGGUGUGGAAGGGCUGGGAAGACAGGUAAGGCCAUAACAUUUUUUACUGAGGACGACAAACAUCGUAUCCCCCCUAUCGCCCGUGUGAUGAAAGAAUCUGGGAGCCCCAUCGAGGAUUGGAUGUUGGAAAUAAAGACUCACCGUAGUGUCCGCCGCCGACUUCAGCGCACUACACCGCAUCGGAUGAUAGUCAGUACAAGAAAGAGGAUGCUCGUUGCGGAUCAGCGAAUGAAGCGGCAACUUCGGCGACUAGAGUACGAAAAUGCACAAAAGGCUGAAGGCCAAGGCGUGGAAGAGGUGCAGUAG